GGACGGUCGACUUCGGCGGGGCCCAGGUGAGAAAGGCCCACCUGUGUCCUGGCUGAGGGUCUCCAGGGUUCUUUGGGGCCCGAGGAUUCCUGAAAUCAUGGAUCACCCACCUAUGCUUUGAGACAUGCUUUAUUUUUUUUUUUUUUGGAAGCCCUGCAACUUCCCUAAAAAUUGAAUGAAUUAUAGAACAGACCUAUGGCCAAUGGUGGCAGAGUCUACAUAGAACUAUGCUUCGUGGUGUUCUGGGGAAAACCUUUCGACUUGUUGGCUAUACUAUUCAAUAUGGCUGUAUAGCUCAUUGUGCUUUUGAGUACGUUGGUGGUGUUGUCAUGUGUUCUGGACCAUCAAUGGAGCCUACAAUUCAAAAUUCAGAUAUCGUCUUUGCAGAAAAUCUUAGUCGACAUUUUUAUGGUAUCCAAAGAGGUGACAUUGUGAUUGCAAAAAGCCCAAGUGAUCCAAAAUCAAAUAUUUGUAAAAGAGUAAUUGGUUUGGAAGGAGACAAAAUCCUCACCACUAGUCCAUCAGAUUUCUUUAAAAGCCAUAGUUAUGUGCCAAUGGGUCAUGUUUGGUUAGAAGGUGACAAUCUACAGAAUUCUACAGAUUCCAGGUACUAUGGACCUAUUCCAUAUGGACUAAUAAGAGGACGAAUCUUCUUUAAGAUUUGGCCUCUGAGUGAUUUUGGAUUUUUACGUGCCAGCCCUAAUGGCCACAGAUUUUCUGAUGAUUAAUGAAACUGAAGAGUCAUUAUUACAAGGCUUUCUACACUGAAGAAAAACUACAAACUUGGAACCUGAUUAUGAACUUGAAUAACUGUGGAGCUUCUAUAAACUGUAAGUAAACCCAGUGCUCACUGAAGGUACCAAAUGAAACCCACAAACUGAUUUCCUUCUGCUUCACUACAGAACAGGUAAAAGAGCAGCAGAAAUAGGCCUGGUAUCUUGUUCUGACCCUCAAAUAUCCCUCAUACAUGACUAUCUGGAACUACAAAUAGUAGAUUGGACACAACUCAUACAAAAUAGUGAUUGAGAAAAAAUGGCUUUGAAUUCCCCCCCCCAUCAACUACUUUAUGUGACCUUAGUCAAGUUACUAAACCUGAAAAACAGAUAUUCUCUGAAAUACAGGUAUUAAUAUCUUCCUCACAAGGUUGUUAAACAACUUUUAAAAGAACUACCACAGUUCUAGUGCUUAAUAAAAAUCACAGUUAUUUUUAAACUGCUGUUAUCUCUCACUGUGUUGAGCUAUCUACACCAGACCAUAAGAAAAUGACUAAAAACCAAUACAUUAUUAGUAGGAGAAAAAUACCUCAAGUACCACAGUGUAGGAAGGCAGCCACUCUUGACUUUGGAUUUAUAAGUGUUGAAGUCUGAUGUACUCUGCUAUUGUAGGUCCCAAUAAAACGGACCCAUCGUUAUCAAAGUCAUAGUCUAUUUUUCAGUCCUCCCAAAAUAUCAAACAUAGAACCAAAUGAUAGGAACCAGAUGAAAAAAAGUUCAAAAUAAUUCUGUGGCUUUAGUUCAGAGGGCACAAAUUAUGAUGGAUUAGAAUACCAGAAGGCUCUGGUGGGUGGUGGGAAGUUGGGGGUAGGGGAGAUGGAAGGACCUAAGUUGAAUCUUGAACAAAGAAUAAGAAUCAGAACAGGAGGGUGGUUCUGAUUAAUAACAAGCAGUAUAAACAGAUGUGUGUCUGGGAGCCUCUAAAUGGGCCAGGGGAUAAAAUUCACAUUAGGUUUGAAAUAGGUAAUAAGUCAGAAAAAGUAGCAGGGACAAGCUUAAAAGCUUCUGUCCCGUUUAAAUUCCAGGUGAAUGGGUAGGUGUUAUUUUGGGAGGGUAUAGAGUUAUAAAUGUUCUUAAAUAGAGGCAUGAGAAUAAAGAAAGCUGCUAGAUCAAUCAAAAUGUAAAGUACUGUGGGAGAAGGCAACAAUAGAGAAUGGAAGGCCAAUUAGUGGCUAUGGAAAUAAUCUGGGUAUGUUUUAUAAUCUGGGGAUGGACUACUGUGGUAGCUGUGAGAAUAAAAGCUCACACAGGGAAAAAAACAUUAAAAAAGAACAAACGUCAACUGGCAUUUCUGAUUCAUUGACUGUAAAUGGAGCAAAGUAGAAGUAAGCAGAGUGUAAUAUGAAACCAAGGUUGAGGAAAAAAUAAGAAAGGUGACUCAGUCAGUCUUGAUUUUGGACCCACUGAUUUCAAUUGGGUCAAGUAACCAAGUGGAAAGUUGGGAGAGAGGUUAAAGUUGCAAACAAAAGCUUCCUAAAAUCCUAGACUUCUCCAUUAUUAAAUCAGAGCUCCCAAGUCUGUUCAAGUGUCCCAGAAUUAUAACUGUAAUCUUGCCCAUAGGUUUCUAUAGAAUUAUUUGAAAGUAGCCAAAUUUUUACUCAAAACCAAUGAGAAAUGAUCCUAAAAUACAUUUUCAUUGCAAAAACAGUUAUUUGCAUUCAAGUAAAAGUACCAAGUAGUGUGAGUAGUCAUCUUGCAACAAGUAAGUUGGGGUGAGGGAACCUGCACAGAAAGUUUUAUCUAUACUGUCUUCUCCCACUCAAGAUAAAGCCAAGUCCCCAACUGUCGAGAUGGAUUUUCUGCAUCAUUUCACAUACUUACUUUUCUCAGAAACGGUCACCAAAAAAACAUACUCCCCUGAUGCUUAUCUUCCAAGUGUUACCUGAAGCAAAUUUUUACAACUAAUUUUGAAAUUCCUAAAAUCAAAUGGAAAUAUUAUGACCAUAAAUGGGCCCUAAUCUCAUUAAUUCAAGUAUUUUGUAAGGGUCAGCUUUAGGACAUAAUUACACAAAUAUCUACUGGGCUUAAGUUAUUAUUCCUAACAGUUAACCAAAAUUUAUAUUAUCUACAUAUUUCCCUCUUAUGGAGUUUCUAUAACAUUACCAUGCUUUUCAGGAAGGAUUCUUGUUUUGAGUUUAAGAAAUUACAUGUUGAUUUAUCUGACACAUGUUGGUGGGGUUUUAAGGUAUGUUCCUCAUUUGUUUUAAGAUUUGCUUAUCUUUCAUUCCAUUUAUUUGCUUCCAUUUAUUUGCUUAUCUUCCCAAAUAUUUAUC